UAAGGCUUCUAUGUACAUUAUGGAUACGAGCCCAAACGGAUGAAGAUAAAUUCCAGUUUGGAAAAACAAAAAUUUUCUUUAGAGCUGGCCAAGUGGCUUAUUUGGAAAAAUUAAGAGCGGAUAAAUUAAGAGCAUGUGCUGUAAUGGUUCAGAAACAUGUUAGAGGAUUUCUUCAACAUAAUCAUUACUUACAAAUUAAAAAAGCAGUUAUUGGAAUUCAGUGUCAUGGUAGAGGACUUUUGGCAAGAAGAUUAGCACAGUUUCUCAGAAGAACUAAAGCAGCAAUCAAAAUUCAGAAACAAAUUCGUUGUUAUAUACAAAGAAGAAAGUAUGUACAGUUACAGCUUACUGUAAUUGGACUUCAAGCUCACAUUCGUGGUAUGUGGGGCCGUAUCAAAUAUCAGGAAAUGAGACGUAAAGCUGCUGCAAUCAUAAUACAGAAAUAUGUUCGAAGAUGGUCAGCUUAUAGAAAAUAUAAACAAACACAAAAGAAUAUAAUUCUGGUUCAAUCUUGUAUUAGGCGUUGGUUUGCAAAGAAAGAAUUGAAGAGAUUAAAGGUUGAAGCAAGAUCAGUUGAACAUAUUAAAAAGCUCAACAAAGGUCUUGAAAACAAGAUUAUCUCACUUCAGCAAAGAAUUGAGGAAUUGGUUAAAGCUAACAAGUUAUUACGUGCUCAAGAAGAAGAAUCUAAGAAUCUAGCCAAUCAGGCAGAACAAUUGAAGAAUUUAGAAAAUAUUCUGAAGAUGUCCAAUAACAAAAUAAGUGAUCUUCAGGAAGAGGUUGUAGCUUUACGGUCAGAGCUUGAAUCAAUAAAAAUUGAAAAGAGGGAUAUUAUAGCAGAAAAAGAUAUUAUAAUUAAUGAAAAGAAAUAUGUUCGAAGAUGGUCAGCUUAUAGAAAAUAUAAACAAACACAAAAGAAUAUAAUUCUGGUUCAAUCUUGUAUUAGGCGUUGGUUUGCAAAGAAAGAAUUGAAGAGAUUAAAGGUUGAAGCAAGAUCAGUUGAACAUAUUAAAAAGCUCAACAAAGGUCUUGAAAACAAGAUUAUCUCACUUCAGCAAAGAAUUGAGGAAUUGGUUAAAGCUAACAAGUUAUUACGUGCUCAAGAAGAAGAAUCUAAGAAUCUAGCCAAUCAGGCAGAACAAUUGAAGAAUUUAGAAAAUAUUCUGAAGAUGUCCAAUAACAAAAUAAGUGAUCUUCAGGAAGAGGUUGUAGCUUUACGGUCAGAGCUUGAAUCAAUAAAAAUUGAAAAGAGGGAUAUUAUAGCAGAAAAAGAUAUUAUAAUUAAUGAAAAGAAUGAGACUAUAGAUCAACUUAAAGUAAAUAACAACAAAUUGAAAGAAGAUCUUGAUAGGAUCAAUGAGGAAAUAAAAGCUAAUGUAAAAAAUGUACAGGAAACAAAUGCCAUAAAAUUAGAAAAUGAGAAGAGACUUCUCUUAGAAGAAUUUGAAUCAGAACGAACAGCAUAUCAGAAAUUAUUGAAAGAACAUGCUCGGUUAGAGCAGAGGUUUGAAAAUUUGCAAUCAGAAAUGUCAAGAAUGAAAGCAAGUCCUGGACAUCAUCGUACGCCAUCAAAUAUUAGUUUAGGAAGUAUAAAAAGUGAUAUCACAGAACCAUCUAAGGAUGAUGAUAUGCAAGAUGAGGAUGUAGGGUAUGGAACACAAAGAUCUAAAACAUCACUUCAUGGAAAAUUAGAAGAUAUUUCUUGGGAUCAUUCUCCUGCUAGUAAAGAAGAUAGUCCUCAUGAUGACAAUAAGCCAACAGAAAAUAUUGAUGUGUCACUAGUUUUGAAGUUACAACAAAAAUUAAAAGCUAUUGAAUCUGAAAAAGCUUUUCUAGAAAAAAAAUUGGAACAUUUUGAGGCAAAAGAAGAAGAAUCUCCUGAAGAACGAAUGCCUGAAGAAGUGAUUAGAAUUGUAGAUCAGUUUGAAUCUCUUCAAGAAGAAUUAGAAAGACGUCGAGAAGAAUGUUUACAACUACGCACUAUACUUGCUAAUCAAAGUUUAGAUAUUAAAACUGUUACACGAAAUGCAUACAAUGACAAUGUUGAACUCAUUAAUGAAGAUGGAGAAUUAUUGAUGGCAUUUGAAACUCAAAAGAAACUUAUCAGACAACUGGAAAAUGAAUUACAAGCAGAAAAAGUUAAAGGUCACAGUAUUGAGCAAGAAUUGAGGCAUGAAAUUAAAAAAUUGAGAGAAGAUAAUGAAAGACAACAGAAGCUUUUGAGUCAAAACUUGAAGAAGUCACCUCAAGCACAGACUGAAGCCAUAUUACAACAUGAAAUUAACAGAUUAACAGAUGAAAAUGUUGAUCUUAGAGAAAAAAUUGAUGGUAAUUCUGAUCAAGUUAAGAAGCUGAAGAAACAGCUGAAAAUAUAUGCAAAGAAGCUUAAGGAUGUUGGAACUGGUACAACUAAAAAAUUUUCUGUUGUUAGUCCACAUGGAACUGAACAAAUCCCUGACAUAACAGAAGAUAUGAAAGAACAAAAUGAAAAUAUGCCUGUUGUGAAACAUAAAGAUGUAGAAUAUAUGGGAAUACUUGAAUACAGAAAAGAAGAUGAGGCUGCCGUUAUUAAAAAUCUCAUUUAUGAUUUUAAACCUAAAAUAGCUGUAACAUUACUUCCUGGCUUACCAGCAUAUAUUUUAUUUAUGUGCAUAAGACAUACUGAUUAUAUUAAUGAUGAUGAAAAAGUACGAAGUCUUUUAAAUAAUACUAUUCAAGGAAUUAAGAGAGUUAUUAAGAAACGUCAUGAAGAUUUAGAAUACACAACAAUGUGGUUAAGUAAUACUUGUCGUCUACUGCAUAAUUUAAAACAAUAUAGUGGUGAUAAGGCUUUCCAAACAGAAAAUACCCCUAGACAGAAUGAACAAUGUUUACGAAAUUUUGAUCUUUCUGAAUAUCGUCAAGUAUUGAAUGAUGUUGCUGUUUGGAUAUAUCAAGCAGUGAUCAAAAUACAGGAAGAAAGAAUUCAACCUUUAAUUGUUGCAGCAGUUCUAGAACAUGAAGCAAUUCCUGGUAUAUCUGGUAAUCGUCCAUCUGGAAUGAGAAGUAGAUCAUCAAGUGUUGCAAGAGAAUUAGACUCCCCAAUUGAUCCUCAAAGAGCCUUAGAUAUUUUAAUAAGAGAGCUUACAACAUUUUUUCGAAUUCUGUCAAUUCAUGCUGUUGAUCAAGAAUUGAUUUUUCAAGUUUUUAAACAGUUAUUCUAUUUUAUAUGUGCGGGAUCUCUGAAUAAUUUACUGUUGAGAAAGGAUAUGUGUCACUGGUCUAAAGGGAUGCAAAUCAGGUAUAAUCUGAGCCAUUUAGAACAGUGGUGUCGAGAUCAGCAAAUGAAUCAAACUGAAGUGACAGACAUUUUACAGCCCAUCAUUCAGGCUUCUCAACUUCUUCAGGCUCGCAAGACAGAUGAUGAUGCCCAGAGUAUAUGUGAUAUGUGUAAUAGACUAACUACUGCCCAGAUUAUCAAGAUUUUAAAUUUGUAUACACCUGCUGAUGAGUUUGAAGAAAGGGUACCAAUAUCAUUUAUUAGAAAAAUGCAAGCUUGUCUUCAAGGAAGAGAUAAGUUAAGGGAACAAGAACACAGGCCCAAUCCAGCUAUUGAUCAGGGAACAUUACUAAUGGACACAAAAUUUGCCUUUCCUAUCCGUUUUCCAUUUAAUCCUUCUAGUAUCAUGUUAGAAGACAUAGUAGUUCCUGAUGUCCUUAAUUUGUCCAUGUUAAAGAAAAUUUAGAAUUAGGUUUCUUUUUUAAAUUUUGUUAAUGAUUUCAUCACAGCAGGUAGUAAAAUAACUGCCUACGUUUAAUUUUCUAGUAAAGAACUUCCAUAUUUGAAAAUGAGAAAAAUAUUUCAUUGAUAACGAAUAUGAUCCAUUCAAAUUUUAUUAUAAAAAUUAUAAUUGUGCUUAAGAUAUAAAAUUUUAUUUAAUUAAUCAACUGUAUAGAGUAAAUUGUGAAUAUAUUGUAAUAUAUUGUUAGUUGUUAAAACCAAAUUGUAUAGAUUUUAUUGCAAAAUGUUAGAGAGAAUACUAAAUCAUGAUUAAAAAAAAUUAUUUUUUAAUUAACAUAAUACAUUUUUUGAACUGUUAAAAAUAACUUUAUUGCUCCAACUGUUACUAUUUAUUCCCUUUUUGUUUUAAAUCCUGCAAUAUCUAUAUUGGAAUAGUGAUAUUGAUAAAAAUAAUUACUCUCACUGUUUAUUAAAAACUGAUUAACGUAAUUGCGUAAAUUGUGCUCUAUUUUUAUAGGUUGUAAUUUGUGUCAAAGUUUAUUUACAAAUCAUAGUUCUCAUCAUUAAUAAUAUAUAGGCCCAAUGUAUUUAAUUUUCAAUAAAAUCAAAAAAUAUUUAGUAAUGUAAUUUUCAUUUAAAUUAUCCUUACUGAUACAGAAAAUCAAAAUUAUACCGAAACAUGAAUUUUUUACAGAAUCUGUAAAAAUAGAAGCAUAAUCAAAGACAAAAUAUUUUAUUCAUUGUAAAGCUCGACAUUUGCCUUUUCAUAAUUUUGGUUUGCCAAGCAGUUGUGUGUAAACAUGUACAUUAUUAUUUAAUAAAUUGAACAAGAACAAUUAUGUAGAAUAAAA